AUGAGUUGAAGCUACCAUUUUAGGUGUUAAGGCUUUUUGAGAGAGGUUGUGAUGAUGAAACUGUUCGAUGCACACUGUCAUCUUCAGGACUCAAGAAUCUUAAGCAAGACACCCCAACUCAUAAAAACUGCACAAGACAAAGGGAUUGUGCGAUUCGUUGUGAAUGGAGUUUGUGAACAAGAUUGGCACUUGGUUAAGCAGAUGGCUGAAACAUACCCUUGUGUUAUUCCUUGCUUUGGUCUUCAUCCCUGGUUUGUCGCAGAGAGGAGUCCCAAUUGGUUUAAGACGUUGAAAGAAUAUUUUGAUUCUACACCCUCUGCUGCUGUUGGAGAGAUUGGCGUGGACAAAGGAUCCCAGGGAAGGAAGAUUGAUUUUUCUGAGCAGGUUGAAGUUUUGAGGAAGCAGCUUGAACUUGCAAAAGAGUUAAACAAGCCAGCAUCUGUACACUGUGUUCGUGCUUUUGGUGACCUUCUUGAGCUAAUGAAGUCUAUGGGACCUUUUCCUGCUGGUGUCAUUCUUCAUUCUUACCUUGGUUCUGCUGAGAUGGUUCCUGAAUUUUCCAAGCUUGGUGCUUAUUUUUCCUUAUCUGGGUUUCUUAUGUCACUAAAAGCAAAUAAGGCACAGAAAAUGCUGAAGAUGGUCUCUUCUGAUAGGAUUUUGUUGGAGACAGAUGCUCCUGAUGCGCUACCGAAUUCAAACAUAGAUUCUCUUCUUUUUGUAGAAGGAGAUCCUUCUCUGCCCGAAGAGUUUAUUGGCCAAAGAGCAACUUCAUCCUCAACUUCUGGUUCUUCUUCUCUCGGUGAUUCAUCCCAUGUCUUCACAGAUACUUCGACUUUGCCAAAGGAAACGCUCAAUCAUCCUGCAAAUAUUCAUAACGUACUUGAUUAUGUUGCAUCUUUGCUAGAGAUUACGAAAGAAGAACUUGCUGAAUUAAGUUACCAGAAUGCAGUCCGCUUAUUCUCCUAUGAAGGUUCGAAAGUACUUCAAGAGUAAACAAACAGGUUCUUGUAAGAAAUUACUCCUAGCUUAGCAAAAUUUAAUUUGUGUAGUACUAGUUUCGUCGAAGGUACGAACAGAUAGAUGGUAAAAACACUUUGUUAAUCUGUGUGAAAUAUAUGAUAGUUUACAUGCCUGCCAAAUUGGACUACAUUCAAUAUUUCUAAAUAAAAGGUGGCAAGGUGUGUGAAUGAUUUUACUAUUGCUAAACAUGGAAGUCUAUCUACCAACUAUAUAACUAGAGCAAUGAGAA